ACAAAGAACGAGCAGUUGAACAGCAGCGACCCAGAGAGGGGCCACCGUGAGCUGGAUGAGCUUCUGUCGACCAACGCGACCUGACCAGAGGCUGACUGUGGGGGAAAAGCCACUGCGAAGCGAAUGAAGAAACACCUGAUCUUCCACUUCACAUACAGAGGUCUUUUAACGAAAGGAAAGAAGAGUAAAAGAAGAAAAUGUCGUAUAUAUUACGAAAAGCUGAGCCCAAGGACGUGUCAGAUAUAUUACGACUGGUGAAGGAGCUUGCAAAGUACGAGGAGAUGGAGAGCCAGGUGGCGCUGACGGAGAAGGAUCUCCUUGAGGACGGUUUUGGCGAAACGCCGUUUUACCACUGCGUCAUCGCUGAAGUCCCCGGAGAGGCCAGCAGUGAAGACUCGAACGUGGUGGGAUUUGCCAUGUACUACUUUACUUAUGACCCCUGGGUUGGCAAACAGCUCUACCUGGAGGAGUUCUAUGUGAUGGAUAAGUGCAGAGGGCUGGGCAUCGGUUCUGGAAUCCUGCGACACCUCAGUGAUCUGGCGAUGAAGACGCGCUGCACCGGCAUGAUGUUCGUGGUGGCGGAGAACAACGAGCCUUCGGUCCAGUUCUACAAGCGGCGCGGCGCCGAGGACCUCUCCCAGGAGGAGGGCUGGAGGCUCUUCAGGUUCGACAAGGACAGCCUGGUCAAGAUGGCCACUCCGGCCGAGGAAUGACGGACGCCCAGCAGAGCUGAAGAGGGACAGGAGGAAGCUGAGACCAGAACCGUCUGACCGUCUCGGCUUUUCUCUCCGUUUAGAUGAGAACUCACAAAAUGGGGAAAUGUAUUCAUGUGGUUCUGUGUGUAUUUUACAUUAUUUAGUUUACAAAUAUGUCUGUAACGUAGCUUCAUCCUAAUCUUUUGUUAAGCAGCUUUUUUUUAGUUCAAUAAAAAAGUGUUAAACACAA